GUUGGCGAAAAAAGUCUCCUUAGUCAAGGCGCAUCUCAUUGCGAGGGCAGCAUCGCAAAACUACAUUUACUUGCAUUAUACUGUUCUUUAAUCGCUCCUCUUCAAAACUAUACCCUUUUUAAUAUUCGAAAAUCCUCAUCCGCCGCAGUCCGUGCGAACCGAUCCAACAAUGGCUUCCAAGGUCGGCCCUCGCUCCGUCAAGGACGCAACGCGAUUUACAUCGACAAUUCCUCACGCUGCCUCCAAGGCUGCUACCUCUGCUGCAGUUCCCAAGGCUAGCCCAGCCCAGAAUGCUGCUGCCGCUGCAAAGCAGUCCUCCCGUGUUCCCGGCGAAACCCCCGAGCAGCGCGUCCAGCGCCUGAGAAUGGCGCAUUUGGCUGCGCAGCGAGCCCAGAUCAGCCAAACGGAUAAAAUCAUCGAUGCCUCGAGACGAUUCUUCGACGUCGCCCAUAAGUGGACUGUUGGUGGUCUCGUCCUCUUCACUGUCGUCGCCGCCAUUGUCAGUAUAUACUCGGUAUGGGACAUGCUCCGUUACAACCGCGCUCGUCGCAACGAGUGGAACGAAACCCAGCGCAAGCUCGAAAACGAUGAACUCGCCGUCGCCCGUAUCGCCUAUCUCAAGGACAAGGCGACCCCCGAACAGGUUGCUCUCGUUGAGGCCGCCAACCUUGAGGCCGAGGCCAAGGGCGUCAAGCUGCCUCCUCUGAUGGCACCUGCUGAGCACCGAACCCAUUUCGAAGAACACGUUCAGUCGGCUUUCCAAGGUUCCGCUGAUGCCGUCAACCAGGCUGCUGGCAAGGGCGUCCUCGGCAUCUUCUCUGGUCUCUUUGGUGGUAGCAAGCAGGAGGAAAGAUCUGCAAAGAGCGUUCCCGCAGCUGUUGAGUCUGCCAGUGUUGCUGUUCAGAACAACGCUCAGCAAGCAUGGGACCGCGAGCUUGAGAACCAGCGUCGAGGCGGUAGCCUUGACCAGCUUGGCCUUGCCACAGCUGGCGCCGCUCAGCCCGCCAAGAAGAGCUGGUGGCCAUGGUAGAUUGCAAAAUUGGCAUCGAGAAAGAAAAUCUGAUCAACAUUGUACAUGAUAUAUACGCAGAAGGGUGUGGAGGACUAAAAUGGCUGUUGAAAUAUUUAUCUGCGGGGGAGGGAGAGCAGACAUAUGUUGUAUCAUAAGUUCUUUGGGUGGGAGCAUUUAGAUGGCGCCUAGGAGUUUUCUUUUUUUUUUCUGGUUCUUUUCUUGUUCAUUAAGCAUGCUCUGGGGAUACUUUUCAUCCCCUGGCCAAACUAUUGUACUGAGUACGAGCUACUACCUGUGGUACAAUGCGAACAUCAUUUAAAAAUCACCUCAAUACAACUCUCAUUAUCAAAAACAAUCAUAUGCGAGGUUAACCCGAAUCAAUUUAAUUAUAGCUCUAGUGAGCCUGUCAUUGUAUAUAUAACGAAAAGAGUAAAAACGCCUCCUAGUAUUAUCCUUCUCAGAAAGUAUCAAAGCUGUCGAAAAAGUGCAAAAUGUAGUUCUUCCACCCACAGGGUGAAGAUAGCGAAAAGUAAUUAACGUUGGUAGAAGAAAAGAGUGUGUAGGCUGCAGUUGGGUAUUUGUACAAGAAAGAAAGCCAAGCCUGUGUAAAAUCAAAAAAAUAUCAAAGUGUAAAGUCCCAUCGCUCCGGUCUAUAAGAAUGCAUAAUUGUUUGACAGAAAAGGAAAUCGCGUAUUAGGCGUAAAGAAUGGCGUGUGCUACAUCAGCAGCAAAAUAUUGAGGGAUAGCCUUCGACACAUAGUCUACGAGAUGACAAUGUGGUUGAAGUGGCCAGGAACUUUAUCCCGGCACUUGUCACAGUCAGCGCGGAAGCCAAUGCUGAAGCUCUUCUUCAUUCCUGGUUGCCACGUCCAACUGUUGACAGUGUGAAGGUUGCGCGUGUGGCUUUUGCGAGGAGGGCUAGGCGAAGCAACGUCGCCGACCUCUUCCGGAAUGGGCAGCCUCUCGACAUCCAUCAUGGCAUUGGAGUGCUGCAUCUCGGGAUAUUGCGUCGAAUGCGCCUGGCAACCAUCAAUGACCAUGUGGGCCUGAUCUGGAGAUGCGUUGUCGUUUUCCGAGAUUGGUGAAGGUAGUGUGUGGUUGUGUUGCACGGUUUGCCAUGUGCCGUCAGAGUUUUGGGUAAGGCUUGUCUGCUGAUGGCCCAUAUUGACCAGGCCAUUACGGCCAGCCACCUCAGCCCAGUAUUGACCCGUAGCACGCAGGUUGGUAGAGAAGUUUGCUUGGAUAGGGGUCGGCAUGCGUCCCGAAGCGUCGUAGGAUGACGAUUCUGUGCGAUCAAAUGACGUCGAGUUGGCAGUUUCCAUUGCAUCCGCCGUCUCUAACCCACAAUCUUGUGAUGUUUGCAUACAGUCUGCAGGCCAUGUUGCAGCAUGCGAGCGAGGCACCGAUUGAUCCGGCUGAACGCCAUUGACAUGUGUUUCGGUAGCGGGCGGCCAUUGCUCGGGCAUUUGGCUGGACGAUGUUCGUAGAGGGAGGCAUUGCACUCGUUUCUACAUGGCGUUAGUAUUAUUGAUGGCCUUUAAUCAGAAUCGGGUCAAAACUUACGUUGCGGUGCUCAGCAAAGCUGGUUGAAGUCGGGCCAACGUCAGGGUCAUCCCGUUGUCGCUUGCGGGUGUCUAGGCUGAGAUCCAUGUGGUGUUGUGUGGCAAACAUUGUGUGCGGCAGUGGUGGUGAGUAUAAAUUACAGUGUAUAUAUAUUUAGGCUCGGCGCUGGCAGAUGACGCCGUGUCGGGAAAUGCGAAGGUAGGCCUCGAUAAUCGGCGGUGACGUCUGUGUUCGGUCUCUUCUGUGCACCAGGCACAGCGAAGUCGGAUAAAGGGUGUACAAAGACGACGUCGGUCGUGUGGUGCUAUUACAAAGGAGAAAAUAAAAUACAGUUGCCGAUAGUAAUGAGGAGCGAUAGUUCCGCGGGAGCAGGUGGAGAUUGUGUGGGAAGAAAGGAAACAAAGAGGAUGGACGGAGUGUUAUGAAUCUGGCGGGAUGUCUGAAACAGCGGACGAGCAAAAGGACGAAGGAGGAGGAGACCAGGCAGUGCGGC